GUCAACCAAUGAAGAAAAACAAUGCAUUUGCUUACACUGUUUCAGAAGGAAAACAUACUGUAGUGCACUGCGCUGUGGGUUCGAAUGGGGUGAUGAAGGACACACGGUCAGCCUUCGUUAACGUUUAUUGGAACAUUGGCACACAGCAAGAGGUAAAGGAAAAGACACACGCAAACUUGGCUCUUCAGGAGGCGAUCAUAGAACAUUUCUCACUCAAACCGCUGUCUUUUUCUAAUUUGUACGGUGAAUUUCAAGUCAAUCAAAAAAUGAGUAAAAAGGACGUAACAGUUGAUGACACAACUAAAAAAAAAUUCAUUAACAGUCGUUGGUCAUCCAUCACUGAAAGGGUGCCAUUGGUGAAUCCUAUCCUAGACCGCUUACUCGAAGAAAAGAUUAUCUCUGUCGAGGCAUAUGACAAGAUUCGAAAAGAGAAGUCUGAACCAGAAAAAAUGAGGGCGAUACAUCGCUUCUUGCAUAGUGGCGGCUGUGUUGCAUAUUCUAAAUUUUUCCAGAUCCUACAGGAAUGCCAACCACAACUUUUUGAUGAACUGUGGGGAAACUGGACAAAAAGAAAACUGGAGGACAAUAAAGAAAACGGAAAGAAAAGAAGACGAAUGCCAGGAGAUGAAACAGAUUCACAGACAAAGUCAAUGAAUCAAGAACCAGCAGAUGGCAGUCAUCCUGAAGAAGACUCAGCACGUUUUUACGCCAUUGAAAAAAUGGAGAUGUAUCUUGAUAAUCCAGAGAACCGCCGAAGAAUAGUAAAUGAACUAAAACUAGAAUUAAAGGAGGGGGAAGUUAAAAAACUGGAAGAUUUCCUCAGUGGCAUGAAAGUGAAAAAAGUCUUUCGUUUCAGCCAUGAUGCUGUCAAGAAAAUAAUAUCCUGUAGAGAGAUAAAGACAUUUCUGAAACCAGGAAAUGAAAAGACUCUUUCCGAUAAAGUCAUUAAACAUUUCUUUGAAAAAGUUCGUGGUGCUCCAGCAGCAGCUCAGCACCAGAACAGAGCAGACCGUACGGGAACUAGUGUAGCUUCAGAGAUUAGUAAUGAUAAUAUGUCAGACAAUGAAUCUUCUGUAAUAGAUGAACCCCUACCCCUUCACACUAGUUCACCCACUUUUACUGCUAAACUUUCAGUGGCAGAAGAAAAUAAAAGAGGAAGCACAUCACUCAGCAUGCUUUCUCUCUCUCCAUCUAAAUCUUGCAGCCAAACAACAUCACCUCUUAAUGGUGGUCAUUGUGCUGUCACUACCACUAAUGAGAGUUUGCCUGUUGCCAGCAGUGACUACCCUGGAAAUCAUCAAAAUGUUUUCAGUGACUCAGGUUUUACCUCACUAUCUGAGAACCAGAACACAAAACAACCUUCGAAAACAUAUUUAAAACUAGAAUCCAUUCCUCUUCCUUUAGCAGAGACACCUAUCGAAGAUAAACUUUUUGCUCAGGAUGCCGAGACUCCAUCUCAAAACAAUGUGAAGGAGUCGGAUGUUAAUAUGGACAGUCCUGACAAAGCUGUAUUUGCAGAAACAGAUCAUAUAGAUGUAAACAAGGAGAAGAAGAUGAAAAGACAAAGGGGGCAAGUAUCGAAAAAGACAAAGGAGAAAUUGCAAAAGAAAACGUUGCUUGUCAAUUGGGCGAGACAAUGCAUACCUGCCGAUAAACAAGGAACCAGCCUAGAGAAAGAAGAACUUGAAAAAAUAAGAGAUGGAAUCAGUAUUGUGAACAUCAGAGAGUACGAACAAUACCCCUGCCUUGUGUGUGAGUGCUGUAUGGUCUUUACUGACCCCCAUACUAAUAAGAAAAGUAUCAUUGAGGUUCUGUUAAAGGAGGUUAAUGGCAAAAGUAAGAAGUUAAAUUCACAGGAUGAAUUUAAGUUGCAGUUUAACAUGGGCGUGCUAAACAUUGAUGAAACCAUUUUGCUUCUACCAGACAAAACUGUGGUUGAGGCUUAUAAUGACACAUUUGAUUACAAUGUAAAACAAUUUCAAAAGAUUAUUGAUAAAGUUUUCAUUCCUCUUCUAGCUUUAUUUAAAGAACUUCAAAGAAAAAUUCAGUUAUUUUGAGCCCAUUUAGGAUUCUGAACAUUAACAGGGAAGUGCUGAAACUCUUCCAUGGCAAAACUUGGCCAUAUAACCUAAAGGUAUUUUAAUCACUCUGAAUGUUAUUUUGUCAUCUUUGGUCAGCCUCCUUGUUACAAGUUUCAUUUGAAGUGAUGUUUUAUUAAUAGUUUUUUUUUUGGGGGGGGGGAUUUGUAUGCAGGGAAGUCUUGCUGUAAGUUGGCAUUCAAACAUGACUUAUUUUGCGUAGCGUCCAACAGGGGGCGCCAGAAGUAAGUUUUUCUGGUGAAAUUGUGAUGAAGAUACACCAUGUGCCAUCGAACAUCUCUGUAACA